UGUGGGAGAUGACCUCCAUGUGCUCGCAUUUAACAAUUUCAGUCAGCCUCGCAGUUGGAGGCCUUUAUUCUGAAGAAGGCAAAGCCACGUUAAUCGCUCCUAAUAUGAAGAGGCCUCUUCUACCUCCAAAUUUCACGAACCGACAGGCGGAAAAGACGUACUGGGUCCGGUUCAGAAAUGGGCCCGUCGAGACCUUGGGCCCAGGAAUAAAAGAUCCUGGGUGUUUCUCCUAACCGCCCGGCUGGAAAGGCACCAUCAGAGGCCGCCGGCUCCGGUCGCUAAGAACUCUGGCCCUGGUGCGGCCGGGUCUGUUAGGACCGGGCGAAGAAGGAAGCAAAGAGGAGCGGGUUUUUUUCUGAGGGGGAGCGGUGACAGCAACGCACCGGAAGCGGUACAGCGGCCGGACCCCGGGAGCGGCGGCGACGUGUUGUUCGUGAGGCGGUGGGAACACUUCCCCAGGGUUCUGGGCUAGGAAGGCCGCGGCUAGGUGCCUUCUCGCUUACCCCUCGCGGGGCCAGCAGGCCUAGCAGCGUGGGGCGGAGGCGACGGCGAAGGCCGGGGCUGGGAACGUUGGCGGCCGGCGUCCCAGCCAUGGCCGAGUCUGUGGAGCGGCUGCAGCAGCGGGUGGAGGAGCUGGAGCGGGAACUGGCACAGGAGAGGAGUCGGCGGGCCUUGGGGGGCGGCGACGGAGGCGGCGGCCGGGUCCGCAUCGAGAAGAUGAGCCCGGAGGUGGUGGACUCCAAUCCUUACAGCCGCCUGAUGGCAUUGAAACGAAUGGGGAUUGUAAAUGACUAUGAGAAAAUCCGUACCUUUGCUAUAGCAAUAGUAGGUGUUGGUGGAGUUGGUAGUGUGACUGCUGAAAUGUUGACAAGAUGUGGCAUUGGUAAGGUAAAAACAUUUCUCUCCUUGUCAUGUAGGGAACUACUCACUUAUGGAGUGAAUCAGUUGCUACUCUUUGACUAUGACAAGGUGGAACUGGCCAAUAUGAAUAGACUUUUCUUCCAACCUCAUCAAGCAGGAUUAAGUAAAGUUCAAGCAGCAGAAUAUACUUUGAGGAACAUUAAUCCAGAUGUUCUUUUUGAAGUACACAACUACAAUAUAACCACAGUAGAAAACUUUCAACAUUUCAUGGAUAGAAUAAGUAAUGGUGGACUUGAAGAGGGAAAACCCGUUGACCUAGUUCUUAGCUGUGUGGACAAUUUUGAAGCUCGAAUGACAAUAAAUACAGCUUGUAAUGAACUUGGACAAACAUGGAUGGAGUCUGGGGUCAGUGAAAAUGCAGUUUCAGGGCAUAUACAGCUCAUAAUUCCUGGAGAAUCUGCUUGUUUUGCGUGUGCUCCCCCACUUGUGGUUGCUGCAAAUAUUGACGAAAAGACUCUGAAACGAGAAGGUGUUUGUGCAGCCAGUCUUCCUACCACUAUGGGAGUGGUUGCUGGGAUCUUGGUACAAAAUGUGUUGAAGUUUUUGUUAAAUUUUGGUACUGUUAGUUUUUACCUUGGAUAUAAUGCAAUGCAGGACUUUUUCCCUACUAUGUCCAUGAAGCCAAAUCCUCAGUGUGAUGACAGAAAUUGCAGGAAGCAGCAGGAAGAAUACAAGAAAAAGGUAGCAGCACUCCCCAAACCAGAGGUUGUUCAAGAAGAGGAAGAGAUAAUACAUGAAGACAAUGAGUGGGGUAUUGAGUUGGUGUCUGAGGUUUCAGAAGAGGAACUGAAGAAUUCUUCAGGUCCAAUUCCUGAUUUACCUGAAGGAAUUACAGUGGCAUAUACGAUUCCUGAAAAGCAAGAAGAUUCUGUAGCUGAAGUAACUGUGGAAGAUUCUGGCGAAAGCUUGGAAGACCUCAUGGCCAAGAUGAAGAAUAUGUAGACAGUGGACUGACCUACAUUUUAUUUCCUGAGUUUAAGCAAAUGUCCUUGCAAUUAAAAAAAAAAAUCACUUAAAAACUUACAAAGCUUAGGGCAACAUUAAUUGAUACAUAAUCUUCAUAGAAUUGUUACACUUUUUGAAAGUACUGUAUCAUUUAUCACUUUCUCCCUUCAACUAAAUAACUCUCCUAAAACUUCUGUUUCAUUCCUGUUAAGAAAACUUGAAAACUUAGCCACUGAAAUGUUUUGGCCUUUGGAGAGGAAUGGGAAGGAUGGACCAAUAAUAUGCUAUGUUCUUUUCUUUCCAGUAAUUCUUUGUGGUGUGUGUUGUCUGAGGCCAUGGACAAUAAAGUAGUAUGUGGUUCUCAAAUGUAGACAGGGCAGGGGGUACCACCUAUUGGUUAGAGCUAGCAGGCCUCCACUCAUUGUGUUUAGAAUCACUCUCUACAAGAAAACUACUACCAUUAACUUGGCCAACAGUGAAUUUAAAAUAAUUAGCCUAUAAAAUAAAAAUAUCCUCUCAAAUAUUACCUGAGGAAAUACAAGCUGAAAUGUAGUCAUUGGAAAAGUUUGUAAACCUGUAAGUUAUAUAUUAAAAACAAGACAAAGGCAAAUAAAAGGAAACUUUCUUCACGGAUAAACAGAUAAAAGGUACUUUCAGGAAGUACAAGUUAUUAUAUUUCUGCACUGACCAAGGAAAAGGAAUCAUAGCAUCUGUGGAACAUAUAUAUCUGGAGUCACUGUACUUUAUUUUGAGCAGCAAGGAAUGAAUUUAAGCUAAGAUCCUCUAGAUUAUACCCAUUGUAUGGGCUACCUUCGGAAUACUUCAUUUAAAUUUGAUUCUCUAGAUAAUUAGUUAUCCUGUAUUGUGGGCAUAAGAGAGAUGUAAAAAACCUCUGUAAUGACUGAUGUGUACUUACUCAGUGGGAGAGAAUCAGUUACCCUGAUUAUGAUCACUAAGUUAUAAAUUGAUAAACUGGUUUUCUUUGGAGUUGCAUACAAAUAAUGAAAGUUUAGAGAGCCUUGGAUAAAUAAAUUCCCAAUGGUUUGGAGACCAAAAAAAAAAAAAAAAAAAAUUAUAUAUAUAUAUAUAUAUAUAUAUAUAUAUAUAUAUAUAUGUAUGCAUGCGCAUGUGUAACCAUUAUCAGUAGGAUGUUACUAUGCUAUGCUAACCUAUUUUGAUGAUUUUUUGCUUUGAAGAUAGUAAUAUCAAAAUUGUAUUUCUAGGGAAGAACAUUAGUACAAAAUGAAAAAUGCAGUCUUCCCUUGUAAAAUAAAGUUCUAAAAACUGAUUUCAGAAACCCCCAAAUAUCAAAUAUGUUCAAUAUAUUUGUUUUGAGAUUCUAGAAUCAUAUAGUGAUUCUUAUGUUUAGAGUGAAGUUUGGAAAGUAGGGGGAUAGUUCUUCUAGCUUUGAAACUUAUUUAUGUUGCCUUGGUAGGUCAUUUGCAAUUCAAAAAAAAUCAGUGAAUUCAUGUGUAAAAUAGUUUUUUUCUAGUUACUCAAGAUGUUUUGAAUUUCAAAAAAGAAAAGUCUUUCUAAAAUAAUCCCAUUCCUUUGGAACCUCUGGUACACUGAUUUGGGAAGGCUUUGCUUAUAAUUUAAAAAUGGUAUAGUUUGAUAAAGUAUAAUAGCAAGAACAUACUUUUAUUCUGCUCUUAACAUAGGAUUUCACACUGCUGGUGUUUUAUACUGCAUCAAAUCUUAGAUCUAAGUUAUAUAAUUCUUUGUCUAAUAUAUUCCAUUAAAAAAUAGUUACUGGAUUAUUUUACCAGAAAAAAAAUCUGGUAACAGGUACCUUUUGCUAUGUGGAGUGCUCUUUUGAUAAUGUUUGCCAUGAAAACUUACAGGAGCUGAUAAUGAGAAAUUAAUCAACACUGAGUUUUACAUUACUAAAUAAAACCAGUGUUUGAUCAGAUUUCUAAAUACGACUGUUUCUAGAAACGUGAAAGAAGGAAACACACUUCCAAAAUUGCCUUAGCACAAGGGCUUUAAAUUAUAGUAAAACAAUUAUGUUCAGCUCCCUUCCCCAUUGUUAAUGGGGAGCUAAUUUAUGUACUACUUAAAUGUUUUAUUUAGUAAAAAAAAAUAUGUAUUAUGGGUUUCCUCACAUAAAAAUACUCCUUGAAUACCUACAGACACAACACAAAAAGGUGGUAACCAUUUAAGAAUAUUAAGAUUUAACCCUCCCCAAUCGCAUUUUUUCCAUAUUUUUUUCUGUAAAGUAUUAAUGAAAACUAUAACCACCAUUAUUUGGUUCCUACCAAUUCAGAUGUAUAAUUGAGUUGUUUCAAAGCUACCUUUUUCAUUGUGAAGGUGUAUAUCAAUGUAAACAUAAUAGUUCUAUUUGAGAACCUCAAAUAGAUGUCUGUUUCAGCAAAUUUUUAUCUUAAGUAGGCAUUUUACAUAGAAACAUUUGAGUUGGCAGUACAAGAAGUAGUAAGAUCAAAAUACAGCUUUCAAAAGUAUAUUUAAACUUAAAUCUCUUGAAAUAUAUGGAGUCCUCAAGCCCCAACUGUAAUUAAUGAAUUUUUACCAUAAGUCACUUUUAAUAAAUUAUGUUUCCACUUAAGGUUUUCAAGUCCAAAUUAUGUAGGAACAAAGAAUAAAUGCAUAUCAUUCUUU